CAUCAAGCAUACACUGCCAUUCUUUCAUCCCAUUGCGCCUUCUGUUUUAUAGAAGCGCUUCCCUGAAAUAUAGCAGUUUAAUACUUCGUUUCUUAGAUACCCCUAUAUUUGAGGCCUAGUAGCGCAGCUUCGUUUCCCUUUCCGGCCACCAUGUUCGGCGCAUUGCGAAGAUGUCCGGCAGCGCUUUCGAGGAACCUGCCCACGGCUGCUAUUUCAGCUAGAGCCCUGCGAGUACCCCUGUCUCAGUCGUCGAGCGCCUUGCGGCUAUCGUCGUCGCGCUUUGCGAAGGUGUCAAUAUCAGGAUUCCACCACACCGCAAAGUGGCAACAAACACAGGCCGAGGCCGAGGCAGAAGAGAUCAUUGCAGAAGAUGGACCAGCCACCGAAUUCAAGGACCUGGCAACUCGGGGACUUGUUCAUCCUAACCUCAUCAACACCAUCACCAAGCAGAUGAGGCUCACGACCAUGACAGAUGUGCAAGCCAGGACCAUCAACGAAGCCUUGAGCGGAGUAGACGUCAUCGCGCAAGCAAAGACCGGUACGGGCAAAACCCUCGGUUUCCUCAUCCCCGUCAUCCAGCGAAUCAUCCAGAACGACCCGAAGCUGGGUGAGAAGGUCCGCGGGUACAAGCGCGCCAAGCCAGACGAUAUCAGAGCCAUUGUCAUCUCGCCGACGCGAGAACUGGCAGAGCAGAUCGCUGUCGAGGCCAAGAAGGUGGUUGCCAAUACCAGCAUCGUGGUGCAGGUUGCUGUCGGCGGCACUCAAAAAAGAGCCAUGCUCCAGAAGACGCAGCGUGAAGGAUGUCAUCUCCUCAUUGGUACACCCGGUCGUAUCAACGAUAUUCUCUCAGACUCCUACUCCGGCGUCAAGGCCCCGAACCUAAAUGCCCUAGUCAUGGAUGAGGCUGAUCGCCUACUUGAUGAUGGUUUCACCAGGGAGAUUGACGAGAUCAAGCAAUAUCUGCCUGAUCCCGACACAAUCGAACGGCAGAAUCUCAUGUUUUCCGCCACGAUUCCCCGCGACGUCGUUGACCUCGUACGCAAGACAAUGCGCCCUGGUUUCCACUUUGCCAAGUGUGUCCAGGAAAAUGAGGAGCCGACGCAUCAGCGAAUCCCACAGAAGUUGGUCCACCUCGCCGGCUUCGAAAACAUCAUGCCUUCCGUCUACGAACUCGUUCUGCAGCAACACAAGCUCGCCCAAGCUGGCGAGGCGCGCCCUUUCAAGGCUAUCAUCUAUUACAACAGCACCGCAGAAGUCACACUCGGUGCAUCCGUCUUCUACAAGCUCAGUGGCGGCUUCAAGCGAAACACUCCGCUCGCCGGUCUCCGCGGCUUCGAGAUCCACGCCAAGCUCUCCCAAGCACAGAGGACUAGGGCGGCGGACGAUUUCCGCAGUGCCAAGUCCGGCAUCCUAUUCUCCUCCGACGUUACGGCCAGAGGAAUGGAUUUCCCCGAUGUGACUCACGUUAUUCAAAUUGGUCUUCCCCGCGAGCGCGACUCGUACAUUCAUCGCCUUGGCCGCACCGGUCGUGCUGGAAAGGAGGGCGAGGGCUGGUUGUUCCUCACGCCCUUUGAGAAGCAUGAAGUCCGCCGUCGUCUCCGCGAUUUGCCUCUGACCGACGCUACACAGCAAUUGGAGUGCGCAACUGUAGAUCUGAGCCAGAGCGCCGAAGUACCGGAGAACGUUGGAAAUAUCCUAACCGAGUGCGUCGAAGCACACAAGAAGGUCUACCCCGAUCAGCUCGACGCAGCGUUCCGAGGUCUCUUUGGAUCAUACCAAUGGUACGGAGAUAAGCGUGGUCUUCUAGAAGGCGCAAACCGCCUUGCUGAAUUCGGUUGGGGUAUGCCGUCCCCGCCUUCACCACCCAGCAGUCUCUACGGUGGAGGACGCGGGAGGGGUGGUGGUGGAGGUUUCGGUGGAGGUUUCGGCGGUGGUGGCCGUGGUGGUGACCGCGGUGGUGACCGCGGUGGUGACAGGGGCUUCGGUGGCGAUAGACGAGGCGGCGAUAGGGGCUUCGGUGGCGAUAGGCGAGGUGGUGACAGGGGCUUUGGCGGUGAGCGAAGAGGAGGCGGAGGAUUUGGCGGCGAGAGGAGAGGCGGUGACAGAGGGUUUGGCGGCGAUAGGGGUGGUGACCGGGGUGGCUUCGGCGGUGACAGGCCAUCAAGGAGAGAGCCACGUAUGGACUUCUAGACGACUUCCUCAAGUCGAUGAAGGAUUACUGCAGCUGUAUAUCAUGUCCGCCUGGAGUCGUUUCUUGUACCAUAUGUAUACCCAAGGGAAUUUGGGUUGUCUUGAUAGAGGUUGUAUUGGGCGGCGUUCAGGUCACCUCACGCAGCAGAGGUUCACGGAUCAUUUGACAUCUCCAAUCACGGCGGAGUCCGAGCAAAAAGUGUAAUGAAAGAUUGUAUUAAUGUGCGAUGAUAGAAAUGAUCGCUCCACAAAAAUUAUAUUAUUCGGAAC